UCGAUCUGCGAUAUCUGAGCAACCUUUCGCUCUUGUAUCCCCACGAUAACUCUUAAAGAUCCUUCGACCUAUUCAGCUCUCCUUUACACCUGUCAACAUUCAACAAGUCCUUCGCAAUGGCUUCCAUGGAUUACGAGAACGAGAACGGUACGCGUGAGUACGACGAGGCUCCCCGUUACGAGCGUGAUCGCAGCGCAUCUCCUCGCCCAACUCGUCGCAAUGAAAGCCCUCGAGGCAAUCCCCGUCGCUCUGCUUCCCCUAAUGGCAACGGCCACACCGAGUCUCGUGGUCCUCCCAAGGGUGAUCGUGGUGCUCCUCAAGAUGAUGGUGCCGUCAACCCAGGUUCCAACCUGUUCGUCACCGGUAUCCAUCCACGCCUCUCCGAGCAAGAGGUCACUCGUCUCUUCGAGAAAUACGGUGACGUCGAGAAGUGCCAGAUCAUGCUUGAUCCCCAUACGAAGGAGUCUCGUGGUUUCGGUUUCGUCAAGAUGGUCACUGCUGAUCAAGCUGAUGCCGCCAAGGAGGGUCUUCAGGGUGAGGUUAUCGAGGGUCGUACCUUGAGCAUCGAGAAGGCUCGUCGCUCCCGACCUCGUACCCCAACCCCGGGCAAGUACUUCGGUCCACCAAAGAGAGAUGACCCUCGCCACGGCCCUCCAGGAGGAGGUCGUUAUGGAGACCGCUACGAUGACCGCCGCCGCGGAGGCUAUGGUGGACGUGAUUAUGAUCGUGGCUACGGUGGAGGACGCCGAGACGAUCGUGAACGCGGAUAUGGCAGAGACCGUGAUGACUAUGCUCCUCGCAACAUCGACCGCUACUCCCGUGAUGAUCGAUACGGCCGCGGUGGUGAUGACCGACGUGGAGGUGGUGGCGGAUACUCUGAUCGUUAUGAGCGUGGCGAACGUGGCUCAGCUCGCGAUGCCGCUCCACCAGCCGCCUAUGGUGAUCCAGCUCCUCGUGGAGAGGCCCGGGAACCAUACGGAGGUAGAGGCUUCGAUGAAGAUCGAUUCUCCCGUCGUGAAUAUUGAUUGCUGACCAAACCAGGUGGUGAGCGCCCUGCUCGUUAAACUGCACGAUCUCGACUUUGCACGACAAGGGCUUUGGAUCUGCGGCUUUCAUUGAUGCAGGUGCACUUCCACUGGUGCAUUCUUUCUCAUUUGUCUUCAUCAGGGUCCAAAGCUGCGAGCGGCGGAACAAAAAGCGUGUCAUUUCACUUUCGAC